AUGCACAAAUCCACUAGAAUACUAGGCUACCUCCAAUCGAAGAGCACUAGUCUCGUGCACCGAGCCAUUCAAUUUGAUUCCAUCAAGCCCAAGCAGCAAGGUCUCACAUUUUCGACCACAAAAUCCCUUGGAUCUCAGUCGCCCUUCAGCACAGCCGACAAGCUUGAGGCACACAAGAUGUCCAACCCGUCCGGCACAAAGGUCGACGCAACGACGAACUUCCCCAAAAAUACCGGCGCAACACCGGGAGAAGCCUUCGAAGUCCGCCAGACAGCGACAAGCGAAGACUACAAACCUGAUCCAUCCAAAUCUCUCAAGCUCAACCCGGCGCGACAAGCCCUCGUCGAUGACAUCAUUGCACUGUAUUCAUGCAAACCGACCGUCGAGCGCGUCAAGCGGUACACACCUGACUGUGUAUACGACGACCAGUUCGUGUAUGCGAACGACCGGUACAAGAUGGCGGGCCAGUGGUUCGCACUACCGAAGCUGUUCAACGAUUCCAAGAACGAAGGCUACGAGAUCAUCAAGAACGACCGCGACCUGAUCCAGUUCAAGAACGAGCAAAGCUGGACGUUCAAGCUGAUCCCCAAGACCGCCACUAUCAACGCCUUGGUUAGUCUGAGCCUGGACCCGGAUAGUGUGGGUGAGAACGAGGAUUUCAUUCGUAUCAAGUAUCAUAAGGACCAGGCGAAUGAUAAGGAUUAUUCACGUGAGUUUUGGUCUUCUCAGACCUCUAUGAACCCAGAUUUGUGCACAUUUAUCCUACUAAAGUCGAAUAUAGAUGAAGGAAUUGGUUUCAGCUUCAAGAAGUGGCAGGCAGAUAACGUGGCGAAGUGGAUGGACAGCAAGGAAGUCGAAGCAUUCAUUGGCGAUAAAGAUGCCGCGAAAGAGACGGUUAGGAAGUACGGCGAUGGGACUGGUGAUGCGCCUAAGAAGGAAUUCUAA